CAUAGUCAUAUUACCUACUUUUACACCCUGAAGGACGGCUCUUUUACGCGUCUCGUCCGACUACCCUCUUGCUCUUAACUCUUAAGAAACUUCUUUAGACUUUAAUGAGCAUUCAUUCUCAAUAUUCUUUACCAUAAAACACGACAUUUUCACCGUCAACGUUUCACGGCCAACAAUUUUUUGGUCUUUUGAGCUGCUUCUCUUUUGGAUCCUGUCAUAAAACUCCUUCUUCUUGAAUCUCUCAAAAGUUUGAGUUGGUAUUAGCAACGAACACUUGCUUGCAACGGUUUUGUUGGGAUUGUUUUGAUUCUGCUACAGUUUCGCAUUGUAGACGCUUUUGCCUCCGUUUCAUAUAUUUAUUUCUGUUGAGGUUUUGAUUGAAGUUCUGAAUCAAAAUAAGUUGAAAAUUUUUGGAGAGGCAAAUUCCGAUUUAAAAAAAAAAAAAGAAGUCGACAAGACUGGGAUUUUGCUUAUUUUUCGUUGUGCUUGAUCUAGGAACUCUUUUUUUGGUCCAAGACCCUUGGUGGUGCUGGUAAUUUGGGGGGUGAAGAGUUGAACUGCGUUGGCAGUGGCUAGUGAAAAAUUAUUGUUAUUUUUUGUAAUUAUUAUUUUUGGGCUAUUUAUGGUUGAAGAAGGUGCAGUAGUGUUGUGCCCUUGAUGAAAUGAGAAGCAUAUCAAGCGCUUGGAAUGGGAAGUCAGAGAUAUAUGGUUGCCGCCGCAGCGACAGUUAGCUUUUGUGUACUUUUGGUUCUUCUUGUUGUAGGAACAGUUAACUUCAUAGAUAAGAAGGGAACACAAGGUGUUAUUAGACAAUUGCUUGAUCCAGCAUCUGAAUUGCUAGAUGACAACACGGCAAAGGUACUAUUGACCAAAAAUGUAAUUCAUUUAAAUAAAGAGGCAGAAGAUCUCCAUUUAUGUGUUCGACAAGAAUUGCCUGUUAACUUCAAUACAAUUGGUUCAGACAUUCGACCAUUAACACAAGCAGACAUAAAAAAUUUGAUUAAGCUUUGCCAUUAUCAGUUCAAGGAAAAGUGCGUCUAUUGUUUGAGAAAAAAUAAUCUUCCAUUACUGCCAUCGAGGGAAGAUGAUGAUGAUUCCAAGAUUUGGCAUGCUGCAUAUAGGGCACUGCAUUUUUCUGGAUCUAGUGCUUCCAGACAAAACUUGGGUCGAGUUUUGCUUCAGCAGAUAUCAGAAGCACCUAGUCCAGGACCAGCUGUUGGAUCACCAACACCGAGUCUUGCACCAACCCCUGGACCCAGUUUAACACCCUCAUCCGGACCUAGUCCAGCACCAUCCCCUGGACCUGGUCUGGCCCCAUCGUCUGCUCCGGUACCUGUUGAUUCUAGACCUCUGCAUCCUCCUUUGUCACCAUUUUUUCCUAAACUGACACCACCAACAACAUCAAAUGCAGAUGUUUCUGCUCCUCCGUCAUCGGACGCUAAUAAAACCGAAGAUAAGCAUAGUAAUAAGAAAACAGUUGUUAUUGCUGUAGUUAUAACUGCACUGGUGACAUUGAUAGGAGCAGCACUGCUCUUUAUGUUCUGUGGUCGGUUUUCGAAGAUUGGCCAAGGUAGAAAAAAUGAUGAGAGGCCACUUCUCAGCUUGAGCAUGAGUGACUACUCUGUUGGUCCUUCCAGUUAUGGAUUUGGAAAUUCAAUGAAAGGGGAGAAACUUGGGUUCCAAUCAUCAAGUAAUAAUUUGGUUGACAACAAGAAGCCCCAGGUUCUAGAAAGUCAAUCAAUAGGAGCUUUUAGUGCUGCUUCGGGAUCACCAUUUGAAGUAAAAACUCAUUCCCAAUGGACAGGAACCAUGCCUUCUGGAAUGCCUCCUUUAAAACCUCCACCUGGCAGGCUGAAUCCUCUCCCCCCUGAGCCUCCUUCGUUUAGGCCUUCUGGUAAUGCUGCCGCUGCCCCUGCCGCUGCCCCUGCCCCUGCCCUGGCUACUCAUGGACCACAACAGGUUGGUGUUGGUGGUGCUCCACGUCCUGGACCUCCACCACCACCACACCCAGCACCAGUUGGUGCCCAACAUUCUCCUCCCUUCCCACCACCCCCAGCAUUGGCUGCUGCCAGAGCUCAUCCUCCACCACCACCUCCUGCACCAGUUGGGGCCAGACCUAGUCCUCCACCACCACUUCCCCCUACAUCAACAGGUGCGAAACCUAGUCCUCCUCCACCUCCCCCAGCUCCAGCUGGUGCCAAACCUGGUCCUCGCCCUCCGCCACCUCCUAAGGGUGGUAUACCUCCUCCUCGCCCACCUCCAAUCGGGGCUAGCAAACCAAAAGCUACGGAGAACGUUGAAGCUGACGCAAGUGAAGCUGAUGCUCCUAAAGCCAAGCUAAAGCCAUUUUUCUGGGAUAAGGUUCAAGCUAACUCUGAUCAAUCAAUGGUUUGGAAUCAAAUCAAGUCUGGAUCAUUCCAGUAAGAAAUUAAUCCAAAGGCUUUUUUGUUGGACAAAGAUAGUAGUUUAUCACUAGCUGGUAAUAUUUCUGAUGAACAGAUCAUUGACAAAAAGAAAGCACAGAAUUUAUUAAUUCUGUUGCGAGCAUUGAACAUGACAAUGGAAGAAGUAUGUGAUGCACUUUACGAAGGAAAUGAGCUACCUGCUGAGUUCCUCCAAACCUUGCUGAAGAUGGCACCGACGACUGAUGAACAACUUAAGCUUAGACUUUUUACUGGUGAGCUAUCUCAACUUGGCCCUGCUGAUCAGUUCUUGAAAGCGAUGGUUGACAUUCCAUUUGCUUUUAAGCGAAUGGAAGCACUUCUUUUCAUGAGUACACUUAAAGAGGAGCUCAAUUCUACUAUCGAGUCUUUUGCAGUUCUAGAGGUUGCUUGUAAGGAACUAAGAAACAGCCGGCUGUUCCUCAAGCUUCUUGAAGCUGUUCUCAAAACUGGCAACCGUAUGAAUGAUGGAACAUUCCGUGGUGGUGCACAAGCAUUUAAGCUUGAUACACUCCUGAAACUAUCUGAUGUAAAAGGAACAGAUGGCAAGACCACACUCUUACACUUUGUUGUUCAGGAGAUUAUCCGUUCUGAAGGCAUAAAAGCUGCCAGGCUGGCAAAUGUGAGUGAUCUUAAAGAUAGCUCUAGUGAAACCGAAGAUCGCUACCGUGACAUUGGCCUUCAGGUGGUUUCGCACUUGAGUAGCGAACUUGAGAAUGUCAAGAGAGCAGCAAUUCUAGAUGCCGACACCUUAACUGGAACUACUGCCAAACUUGGCCAUGGUCUCAUGAAAACCAAAGAUUUGUUAAACAAAGAUCUGAAGAAUGUGGAGGAAGAUAGAGGGUUUAGUGACACAAUUAGACGUUUCGUGCAGAAUGCUGAGACUGAUGUCGUGAGACUUCUGGAAGAAGAGAAGAGAGUCAUGGCUCUGGUAAAGAGCACUGGUGAUUACUUUCAUGGGAAGGCCGGCAAGGACGAAGGCUUACGGUUGUUUGUAAUAGUAAGAGACUUCUUAAUAAUGGUGGACAAGGCAUGCAAGCAGGUGAGAGAUGCACAGAAGAAGCCUGCGAAAUCUCAAAAACAAGAGACAUCUCAAGGAUCAUCUUCCUCGGAGACUCGUCCGCCACCUUCUGAUUUUCGUCAGCGGCUCUUUCCAGCAAUUGCUGAAAGGAGGAUAGGUGACAGUAGUUCGGACGAAGAGAGUCCAUAGAUUCAAAUGGAUGAUUGAAUGUGUUUCUUCAUUGAUCGUGGAAGUGGCUUGGUACUAACAAUCCUCGAACGAAUAUUUCUGUACAGACUUGUCUGGAGGCUGGAGCUUUGACGAAGCAAUGUUGUUAUAAGAAAUAUCUUUUGUACUAUCUUUAUUGUUGUAUCCCAUUUAGAAUUUGAUUACUACUUUGAGUCAUUUCUAGAGCAGCAGUUGUAAAAUAUUGAUUUUAACAUUCUUUCCCCCUCAAUAUUCUUUAUUCAAUUUACUUUAUGUUGAUGUA